CCAGCUUUGCUGCCGCCACGGAUGUCCCUGAUGCCGGCCGAGCUUUCCCUCCACGAGCCCUGCUGAGAACUUCCCCAGGACCCCUGGUGAAAAGCGGCUGUGAACUCUGACCUGUGGGACGCUGUCUCCAAAAGUUGGCCGGGCUCGGCCUGGAAGGAGAGAGGAAGCCUGUGAGUCUGGGGCGAUUACCACACCCCGCCGACCCUCUGGCGCCGACACCUGCGGACCGAGGGCUGACCGGCCGGGCACGUCAGUGGACGGAGGAAGGAGAGGGAGGGCCGGCCCAUCGAUUUGCAUAUAUAAGCGAUGAGGUUCGCCACCGUCCGCUCCAGUGUGGCCUGGGACACCUGAGGAGGCUUGGCGCCAGCUCCCAGGAUACAACAAUUGCCCCGCCGGAUGUAGGCUCCCUGUGGUCCUCACCCGUCCCGCCCCCUCCCCGAGCAUGAGCGGCCCGGAGGAGUCCGGCCCGGAGCCGGAGCCCCUGUGCGUCGUCUGCGGCCAGAGCCACCCCCCAGAGGAGAACCACUUCUACAGCUACACGGAGGAGGUGGACGACGACCUCAUCUGCCACGUGUGCCUGCAGGCUCUGCUGGACCCCCUGGACACUCCCUGCGGCCACACCUACUGCGCCCUCUGCCUCACCAACUUCCUGCUGGAGAGGGACUUCUGCCCCGUGGACCGCAAGCCGCUGGUGCUGCAGAGCUGCAGGAGGGCCAGCGUCCUGGUACACAAGCUCCUGGACAAGCUGCUGGUCACCUGCCCAUUCACGGAGCACUGCUCCCAGGUGCUGCAGCGCUGCCAGCUGCAGCGUCACUUCCAGACCAGCUGUAAAGGAGCUUCUCACUACGGCCUCACCAAAGACCGCAAGAGACGUUCGCAAGACGGUUCGCAAGACGGCUCCCAAGACGGCUCCCCCGACGGCUGCCAAGAUGGCGGAGGGGCCGCCCGGCCCGGAGCCCCCCUCGCCCCGGAGCCCGCUGACGGGACCGGCCGGCUGACCGGCGAGCCGGGUCUCGACAACCCCGCCUACGUCCCUGCCUCGGAUGACGGCCCCGCGGCCGGCGGCUCACCGGGACGCGACCGCGGCGACCGCAACCGCAGUUUCCAUCUCGAGCGGUCCGCCCUCAGGAGCCGCUCCUUUAAGAAGAUCCACCGUGCGCUGAGCAUUCUCCGGCGGACCAAGAGUGGGAGCGCGGUGACCCAUCCGACCCGCCCCGAACCCCCCCGGCUCCCCGAGGAGGCGUUCCCGCGUCUGCACCACCUGAUCCCGGCCGGCGAGAUCACCAGCAUCGAGAUCAGCCGCGCCCACCCGGGCGAGAGCCUGGCCAUCCGCGUGGUGGGCGGCCGCGAGACGCCGCUGGCCCACAUCGUCGUCCAGCACAUCUACCGCCACGGCGUGGUGGCCCGCGACGGCCGGCUGUUGCCCGGAGACGUGAUCCUCAAGGUGGACGGACUGGACGUCGGCCACGUGCCCCACCGCUACGCCCUGGGGCUCCUGCGCCGGCCGGGCCGUGCCCUGCGGCUGACGGUGCUGAGGGAGCGGCGGCCGCGGCCGGGCGGCGGGACGGCCCCCGACGGCCCCGGGCCCCGCGACGGCAGCUUCCGCCUGGCCCUGGACAGGCGCGGGCCGGGCGAGCGGCUGGGCGUGAAGCUGGCCAGCGGGCCGGACGGGGCCGGCGUCUACGUGGCCGGCCUGCUGGAGGGGGGCGUGGCCGCGCGGGACGGCCAGCUGCGGGAGAACGACCGGCUCCUCGCCGUCAACGGGCGGGACCUGCGGCACGGCAGCCCCGAGACCGCCGCGCGGCUCAUCCAGGCCGGCGAGAGGAGAGUUCACUUGGUGGUGUCCCGGCGGGCGCGGGAGGCCGACCGGACCCCCGCGGGCCUACUCCCCCCGCCCCCCGCCGACCCCGAGGUGAGGCCCGGGAACGGGAAGCGGCGGGACGCCGCCCCGCCGGGGGCCGCCUGCCACGAGAAGGUAGUGAGCGUCCACAAGGAGCCGGACGAGUCUCUGGGCAUGACGGUGGCCGGCGGGGCCGGGGGGCCGGCGCCGCCCGAGUGGGACCUGCCGCUCUACGUCCUCGGCGUGGAGCCCGGGGGCCUCGUGGCCCGAGACGGCAGGAUCAAGACCGGAGACGUCCUGCUGAGCGUCAACGGCACCGACCUGACCGGGGUCAGCCGCGGGGAGGCCGUGGCCCUCCUGAAGAACGCGACCUCGUCCGUGGUGCUCCGGGUCCUGGAGGUGAGAGGGCGCGAGCCCCCGGAGGCCGGGGACGACGGCUGGACGCUUCCCGACGGCCCCCCCAGCCCGGUGGAGAGCGGCGAGCGGGGCCCCACCUGGGUCACGUGGCUGGAGCUGCCCUGGUACCUCUCCAGCCGCAGAGACGUGAGCCUGCGAAGGACCCCGCCCGGCAGCCUGGGCUUCAGCGUCGUCGGCGGCCGCGAGGAGCUCGGCGGGAACAGGCCGUUUUUUAUCAAGUCCGUCGUGGAGGGGACCCCCGCCUACGACGACGGAAGAAUCCGAUGUGGGGACAUUCUGCUGGCCGUGAACGGCCAGCCCACGGCGGGCCUGACUCACGCCUACCUGACCCGGAUGCUCAGAGACCUGAAGGGAAGGGUCACGCUCACGCUGGUCUCGUGGCCGGGCACCUUCCUCUAAAGCACCGGCCCCGCCGCCCCGUGCUCGCUUCGGAUUCCUUGCCGCCUCCUGAAGCCCGCGCCGGGGAAGAGAUCGCCCCUCUCGAGGACGUGCUGCUGUGAAGGAGACGGAUCCGUCGUCGCGUACUUCGAAAUAAAGCCGACUCGUCUGUAA